AUGACUCCACUUUCGCCCACGAUUCUUUUGAAUAAAGAUACUCUUGGUUAUAAGAUGAAUAAUUCUGCUAAUGGAACCAGUUCCAAAAAUCCAACAAAAAAACGUAAAUCAAAUAUAAGGGCUUGUGACGCUUGUGCUAUUAGGAAAACUAGAUGUGAAGAACAAAGACCUUGCUCCCAUUGUAUAAAUAACGGUUUAGAAUGUACCCAAUUAAGAGAACGUAAAAAAUCUGGACCUAAAAAUUUAAGAAAGAAAACUUUAGACUCCAUUAAUAAUUUGAGAGAAAAUACAAUUAUUGAAAGACCUAGCUUACUGAAUAAUCAUUCAAAUGAUCAUUUGAGUAAUGAAGAGUUGGCUAGGCCAACUUUGUCAACGUCUACUUCAAAUAGCUCCAGAUCACAUUCUUUUAAAGAGAUACAGGAGCUGCAACAACAACUGCAGCAACAACAACAACAACAACCAGUAAUCCAUAGCACUUUGGUGACUCCAACCGUUUUAUCGGAAAUCUUAAACCUUGCUAAUCAUCCAAGUUUAAUCAAAGUUUUAAAACCGUUAACUGUACCUUCUUUAUUGAAUAAUAUUGAUAAAUUGAAUGAGUUUAUACAAUAUAAUUUCCACAAUAAAAUUAAUGAUUUAAAUGAGUUUAAUUCUAAUGAUCCAAUUUUUUCAUCAAAAUUAUUAGCUAUAUUAACACUUUGUUUAUUAAUUAUUGAAAAUAUUAUAAAAUUUAAUUAUUUUAAUUAUCAAAAUUUUCAAAUUUUUAAUAAUGAUAUCUUUAAAUUAAAAAAUUUUGUUUUUUUCUUACAAAAUAAAAUUAUUGAUACAUUCACCUUAAUUAAUAAAAAUUUAAUUUUCCCAACUAAUGAUAUUAAUAAUGAAGAUCAAUUAAAUACUUUGAAUCAUUUUCAAAUUAAUUACAAUCAGUCGAUUAGUUCGUUUCAUUUAUUUAACUAUUAUCAAAUUACAAGUUCAUUUAACAAUAAUCCAAAAUUUAAAGAUCAACAAAAGUUGAUUUAUUUAAGAAAUGCAAUAAGUUAUUAUCAAUUAAUCGAAAUACCAGUGAAAAAUGAUUUAAAUUUAAUCCAAUUAUAUGAAUUAUAUCAAUCAUUAUUUAAUUUAGAAAAAUUGAAUCAUUUAUUAGAUUAUAAUUUAUUUAUUAAAAAUAAUCAUUUAAUACUAAAUACUUGGAAUCAAGAAGUCAUUUCCAUUUCAAGUAAUGAAAUAAAAGAUAAUUUGGUUUCAAAUUUAUUUAAAUUAAUUAAUAAUUCAUUAAUUGAUGAUGAUUUAUUUAAUAAUAAUCAAGUUUCUAAAAUAUCAAAAUUUUUAAAUAUUAACAUUAAAAAUUUAAUUGGAUCUUCAAAUGGUAAUUUGCUAAGUUAUUUAAAAUUGAAAAAUUAUUUAAGUUAUUUGAAACAAAAUGAUCAAUUAUCAACUGAAGAAUCAAUCUUAAUUAUUAUUAAAAAUAUCAUUCUAUUUAAGUCUUUAUUAAUUCAUUCGAAUGAUUUUAAUUAUGAUUUUUUCUUAAAUGAAUUAAUUUUAAUAAUAAAUGAAUUAAACAACUUAUUGAGUUCCUUAUUAUUAUUAACAACAAAUGAAGAUAAUUUUAAUAAUCAAAAAAAUGAUGAUGGCGUUAUUUUGAAAAUUCAAUUAUCAAAUUAUCAAUUAUUACCUCAUUUAUUACAAAUAUUAAAAAUUUAUCUUGAUUUAAAAAAUCUAUCAAAUAUUGCUAAAAAUGAUAUCAUUAUUACUUUUUCAAAUCAUUUAACCCAAUUUUUCAUUACUUUCACUAAUUCAAAUAAAUUAAUCAAAUCAGAUCCUUUGUUAAAUGAAUGGUUUAUCACUUUGAAUAAAAUAAAUUUUGAAAAUCAAACGUUUUUAGACAAUCUAUUAGAUGACUUGGAAAAAUCAGUUAAAUCUAUUGCUAAACCUGCACCUCCUCCAGUUGUUCCUGCUGCUCCUGCCACUUCAGCUGCUCCUGCCACUGUUCCGGCUACCGCCACCACCCCUGUUGCUCCAACCAUGGCUCCUCCUCCUGCUACGGUUCCUGCUACCAGUACUGCUCCACUCAAACGUGAAAGCUCACUAUCUAAUGAUAGCGAAAGUAAUGAUGAGAGUAAUGAUGAAGAUGAUGGAUUUCUAUCUCUUUCAACGAACAAAUCAAAAGUUAAUCCUCCUCCUGCAGUUACUGCAAGAUUAGCAGUGGAAAAUAAAAAUAAAAAACAAAUGCCUCCUCCUUCAGUUCAUCAUCACCUAUUAAACAAUAGUGGAAGUCAUACCUCUUUGGUUCCUAGAAACUCUUCUUCAAUCACUUCCUUGUUAACUUUUAAUAAUAAUAUUAAUAACGAUAGUAUCAAAGAAGAAGAUAUUAACCUAAAUCUUUCCUUAAGUGAAAGUACCAAAAACUUAUACAAUUUAUUCAAUCAAAUCACUGAUGAUUUAACUACUACUUCCGCUAAUAAUAGUUUAACAAAUUUAUUUCAAUUCAAUACCAUGUCCUCUUCUUCGGCUAAUCUUAAUAAUAUCCUUUCUGGCAACAAUCCUCCGUCCAACAAUGCCAAUAGUGACAAGUCAAACCAUUUUUCUUUAUAG